GAAAGGGCGCGCUCUAUGUGGAAGUGGACGUCUACGGGGCGUGUAGCCGUGACGAGGAAGUCGCCACUGACAGCGACUCGGCUCCAGACGACGCUGGUCGCCUCCGCGGAGUCCACUGGUGCCGCGCUCCGCUCGGCUCCGCGCGCCCGUCAGCCCGCGGUCGGCGGGGACUAUGCUACGUGGGGCGGAGGCGCCAGCGGACGGAGCGGGCCGCCGCGGGACGCAGACGGCGCAAGCCCGCUAAAGCCCGGCACGAUGGACUUGGAGCCGGACGGCGCCAGGCAACCGGAACACGGACCGGCCUCCUCCCAUCCGUCGGCGGGCGCGCCCGCCGUCGCCCCCGCGCCGCCCCGUCUGACGCCCAACCCCACGCUGCUGCUGGAUUCGCCGGCGGCGGCGGCGCCGCCCGUCACCUCCUCCCCGCCGCCCCCGCUCACGCCGGCGCCCUCCCUGGCCGUCCCCAAGAUGGCGCCGGCGAGGACUUCCUUCUCUCACGUCCCCGUCCCCGCGCCCCCCAAACUGAGCACCACGGCGAGCCCCGCCCUCCGGACGUACGCGCGCCCCAUCCUGCCCUGCGGCGCCAAGACCUCUUCUGCGGAAAACUCCGAGACGUUGACCAACGGGAGCGCCAGGACCGUCUCCGCGGCGACCGCCAGCACGCUCACGCCCUUCCACACGCCCGCCAGUCCGCCCGCGAGACAGGCGCAGCAGCCCCGCCCGGCGGCGAGCUCCCCCGCCGGCCCCCCGCGAGCCGACCCCGUCGCCCGCGUCGCCGGGUGCGGCGCUCCCCGGCGGGCCUCGCUCCUGGGGGGAGGUCUCAAAGGGUCCGGACAGGAGCAGGUGCUGCUCAGAGCUCAGAUGCUGAUCCUCACGUCGGCCGUGCGGGCCGGCCCUUCCUCCUCUUCCUCUCCCGUCGACCCCGCCUCCGCCUCCGCUCAGCUCCGGAGCGCGACGCCGGGACCGGCCGGCGCCCUCGCCGGGCCCCCUCUGCGUCUGAAGGCCCCGCCUCUGCUCUGUCGCCCGCAAACGACGCUCUUCCCUCCUCUGAGGCCGCGCCCCCGGCCCGCCGCCGCGCCGUCGGAGACUGGCAACCGCCGGCCGGCGGCGCCGCCGCCCCCAACGCUUUACUCGCCGGUCCGAGCAGUCCCCCUGCGGCCGAAACUUCAUUCGGCCGCGGGCUCCCGGGCGCCCGUGCUCGCCGUCCCGCCGCCGCCCGCCUCCGAGCGCCUCCGGAUUGUCGCCCUGUCUUCGGCUCUCCCGCCGCCGACUCUGAGCGGAGAGGAAGCGCUUCCCCUUCCCCGGAGCGCGGCGUCGCCUCCCCGUCGGGAUCCGGCGACCGCGGAGGAGAGCCGCGCGGACGACGCCCCCGCCCCUCCGAACGACCAAAGACGCCGAGACGAGGACGACGGCCGGGAGGAAGAACGAGCGCCGACGGACGCGAGUCGCGGCGGCGGGUCGGCGCCCGGGAGUCGGGAACUCGGCACGCGGGCGCAAGAGGUAGGCGAAGACGCCGCCGGGGUGCAAAUGUCGUUGACGCUCGAGGACGCGCGGAGCCGGUCGCGAGUCGCCGCUGAGGUUCCGCUUCCGGAAGCGCCCCCUGUCCAGGGUUCGCCUCCAGAACUUUGCGCGCACGCCGUCGGGCCGCCGGAACUUCCCGGGGAGACGGCGGCCUCGCGGGACCGCGGCGACGUCAUCGACGAGAACGCGUCGGCUCAGUCCGACAACCAAUCAGCGUUGUCCAGCCUGUCGUCGCAGUCUCCGCCCUCUUCUCCGUCCGCGGUUCCCGCUCCCCCCGCUCGGCCGCUCGAUCUCAGCCAAUCGCGGCCGCCGGCGGAAACGACGGAAAACUCGCCGUGGGAGGCGAAGGCGUGGCCGGAAGGCGGGGACGUCCUGACGCACGUGGUCGAAGGUUUCGUCAUACAGGAAGGACUGCAACCGUUUCCUGUGAACCGCUCGUCGCUGCUUUUGCUCCCUCAGCCGUCGCCGCCGCGGCGGGAAGUGAACGGCGACGACGGCAAGACGGCCGCCGAACGUUCUCCGGACUCGCGAGAGGACGACGCCCACGACGACCCUCAGAAACACGCAACGCGCGGCGCCCAACGCGAUCGCGCCGUCCUCCGCUGCCAGUUCUGCGGCAAGCGAGGCCACGCCCACAACUUCAUGCGCUCCAAGCGCUUCUGCUCGACUUCCUGCGCUCGCGGGUUCAACGUGCGCCUGACGAAGCGUCUGCGAGCGCUGAGCGCCGGCGGCCGCCCGGAGAGGCCGCGGCCCGCCCUCAACAGGGCGCAGUCGGUGCCCGGGAAGCCGCUCCUGCUCAGACUGCCUCGAGACCUCUGGAGCGCCGGACGCCGAGAGAAGGAUGGCGAGGAGGAAGACAAAAAAGAGGAGGAGGACGAGGAGGACAUGGAGGCAGAGCGGGACGAUGAAGAGGAGGAGGGGCCGGCGGCCGGGACGGUGUCAGAGAGCGGGUCCGCGACGGGAACCGCGCCUACGAGCGCCUCCAAGGCCGAACCGUCGCAGUGGACCGUGGACGACGUCACGGCCUUCAUUCGCUCGCUGCCGGGCUGCGGCGAGGUUUCGUCGGCGUUCCGCCUCCAGGAGAUCGACGGCCAAGCGUUGCUGCUGCUGACCGAAGAACAUCUGAUGAGCAGCAUGAACAUCAAACUGGGCCCCGCCCUGAAAAUCUGCGCCCACAUCAACGCGCUCAAGAACUCCUGAAGAACCCAAAUAUUGGACUGAGACCACCCAGAAUUUGUGUCAGUGUGUAGAAGCUGCUGAAGGAUUUUCAACAUUUAAUAUAUCAAAUUUGUCUAUUUAGUUUUUUUAGAACGUGAUGUCAUGACAAAUCUAUCCUGUAGCUUACAUAACCACUGCGUGUAUUCAAAAAAAACAAAUCCAAAUAAUAAAAGUCAAACUUUGUAGACGAUCGCCGAA